UCCUCGUGGCUGAUGCUUUUUUACUUGUGGAUUCCACUUGUGGGAGGAAACUCGUCUCUUUGUGCUUCGGCUCCGCCCAAACAAGCCACCCUUGUAAACAUAUCUAACGCACCUGUCUUACAGUAGUUUGUGGCACGCGCAUUUACGUACCGUGCUGAGACCAAAUCUGCGCUCGCGCACCAAAUCCAUUUACGCUGGUUAGAAAAGAGGUCCUGGUCGAAUCGCUUUUAAAAAACAAACUAACCCAGCAGCAGAAGCUAAUAAAGGGCGGCGAUAAUCAGUUGGAAGAACAGCCUGACGAAGCAGGAGCGGAUAGGAGAGGAAGAAUGGCGGAUUCGUGCAGCACUGCAGCGGUUGGGGCCGAGGGCUCCGACAGCGCUGCUGCUGCCGGGGCGGUUGGUGCUGUUGCGCAGAAUGAAGCCGGAGGGUCCAAGCCCUGCUCGGAGUCGGUGAGGGGCCAGAAUUUUGACGUUGGCCCCCGCUACACGAACCUGUCUUACAUCGGCGAAGGAGCUUAUGGAAUGGUCUGCUCUGCCCUGGAUAACUUGACAAAUCAGCGCGUGGCCAUCAAGAAAAUCAGUCCAUUCGAGCACCAGACGUACUGCCAGCGCACUCUGAGAGAAAUCAAGAUCCUGCUGCGCUUCAACCACGAGAACAUCAUCGGGAUUAACGACAUCCUGAGGGCGCGGCACAUUGAUAACAUGAGGGAUGUCUACAUCGUGCAGACCCUGAUGGAGACCGAUCUGUACAAGCUGCUGAAGAGCCAGAGGCUAAGCAACGACCACGUCUGCUACUUCCUCUACCAGAUCCUGCGAGGCCUCAAGUACAUCCACUCUGCCAACGUGCUGCACCGUGACCUCAAGCCCUCCAACCUGCUCAUCAACACCACCUGCGACCUCAAGAUCUGUGACUUCGGCUUGGCUCGGAUAGCUGAUCCAGAGCACGACCACACCGGCUUCUUGACUGAGUAUGUGGCCACUCGUUGGUACAGAGCUCCGGAAAUCAUGCUCAACUCAAAGGGUUACUCCAAGUCUAUUGACAUCUGGUCGGUGGGCUGCAUCUUAGCUGAAAUGCUGUCUAAUAAGCCUAUAUUCCCUGGAAAGCACUACUUGGACCAGCUCAACCACAUUCUAGGUGUUCUUGGCUCUCCAUCUCAAGAAGAUCUGAACAGCAUCAUAAACGUCAAGGCCAGGAACUAUUUGCAGUCCCUGCCUGAGAAACCGAAGGUCCCCCUGGAGAAGCUCUUUGUCAAGGCAGAUCCAAAAGCUCUGGAUCUGUUGGGCCGCAUGCUGACCUUUAACCCUGUUAAGCGCAUCAGCGUUGAAGACGCACUGGCUCACCCUUACCUGGAGCAAUACUAUGACCCCAAUGAUGAGCCUGUAGCAGAGGAGCCUUUCACGUUCUCCAUGGAACUGGAUGAUCUGCCCAAGGAGACGCUGAAGGAAAUGAUCUAUGAAGAAACUGCUCGUUUCGUGAAAAACUACCAGGGAUCAUGAGACACAGUGCUAAAGAGGGAGAAGGCCACACUGAGGCUUGGAAGAAGAACCCCCCUCCUCCCCCCCAAGCAACAUGCUACAACAAAAUAAAAAUGCAUCUUCAAAAAAAAGAAAAAAAAGGAAAACUACAAGAAAUAUGAACAUUUAACUGCUUAUCAUUCCAUUUCUACUGCAAAAGAGAGCUAAGUAUAAAAUCCAUUUCUGUGGUUGUGUUGGAUCUGUCAGAUCCACCCGACAUCUUUAUUUUUUUUUUUAAACCCACCCAACCUGUUGAGCGUCCCGGCUUGUCCAAUCCCAUCCACCGUUACUCAGUCUUCUUCCCCAUCUGAUGUGUUUGGCCCUGUGCCAUCUCUCCUCAUAGCAGAUUUCUGUCACAUAUCUACAUCUUACUGUAUUAACCAACACCAUAACUUCUUCGUCUUGAAUCACGUAAAUUGCGUCUUGAGAAAAAAAGAGGGCUAAAGAAACGGAGAUGCUAACUGUGUGUCUACAUACAAAUGUUAGCUUUUUUAUGUGCUUUUUGCAGCUUCUGUUUUUUGGUAAGUGUUUGGGUUCAGUUCAGGGUUGUGCUGCCGUUCUUUGGAGUUAGCAUCCCUACUUCUUAAACACUUGUUUUUGAACAUUUGACAUUUCCACAGCAUGUUGGCAGGGUUUCUUCUCUCUCUUUUUGUUUUUAUAUGAAUGCAUGCAUUCCUGUAAUUUACCAAAGUGACGGAGCAUUGCAGAGAUCCUGGCUUCAGAGAGAAUUUAUUUUGGAAAACUUUAAAUGUGAUUUGUAAAAGAAAGCCAACAUACUGCAUUAUGAUUCAGAAGAGGAAGAUAAAAGCAAAAGCUUAACAUUAAAGGCUACAAUUUUAGUCAAAAAUGCAACGGUUUAUAUUUUUGACCAUUUUCCAGAAUGUUUUUUUUGUUUGUUUUCCAACUGCACUCUUGCACUUGCAAUCAAACGUUACAAGUAUGACUUUUUUUGUUUUGUUUCUAAAAACUUUGUGCGUUUUGGCAUUCGACCGUUGGUUCUUCAGUUGUUUCCUGUUGACAUUUUUCUAAGAAAAAUAACUGUUGCAAUCAUAAGGAUUCCAAAUGUCAACAAAUACGUGACGUUCCUGAUCAUGCAGCGUUAGUCACCGAGGCAUUAAUGCACAGUAACUAGAGCUGGCCAAUUUGAGCGGAAUGCGUUUGCGGUCGAUGGAAGUACGACUUGUUCUUUACAUGCUUUGACACGCCAAAAACGUCUGUUGCAAAAACUGUUAUCUCAGCGAAACUUACAUUUCCCAUGAAGAACACUCGUUCCUGAUCAUCCACUGGGUAAAUUGGGAAUCAGGGAACAGCCAAGUAAACAUGAUCGCGCUGUGGUUGCACAGAACAUAAACUACUUUUUUUUUUUUCCUCUCUCUGCACCCAAACUUUUGUUUUCUCAGCUACUGCUAAAGAAAAAAAAGAAAAAAAGAAAACGUUUUUUUUUUUUUCUAAAAGUAAGGGACCAUACCACAGUCCGGCGCUGCCUGUUCUCCAGAAGGCUCUUCUGGUGUCUGUAAUCGAUUGACUUUUUUCUCUCUGCUUUCAUGGUGGACUCCAGUGUAAUUAAUGUGCUUUUUGGUGGAGCAUCACUCAUGGUUCCAGUUCAGUCUGCACUAAUGUGUUGCUUGUUUUACUGAGACCAGCCGGAAGCCCUAAAAAAAAAAAACAACCCAACAACUUCAAUGAAUCGCCACGAUGCAAAGCCUCACCAAACUCAGCAAAAAUUAGUGUAGACUCCUUGGGCUGCAGCUGUGUCGUCAUAGAAGCCAUAGCCACCUCUCUGGGAUCGAUGUGAGGCUUUUUGGUGCAAGUUUGAGGAUCUUUCUGCUUUUUCUUCGGCCUCUGAACCCUCACCACGCUUUACUCAAAGGGCUGCCCUCUCCCCCUCUUCCCCCUGCUCCGUUUUCAUGCUUUCAUUUCUUCCUGACUAGACCUUUCUGCCGCACUGCGCCUUCCCUUCAUCGUCUCUGGCUUGCCUAGAUCUCGGUCAGUCAAAAGCAGGGAUCCUGCUCCUGUUGCAUGACUCAAUCAGCACGUCUGCACUUUGUCUAUCCCGCUGCGCGCCCUGUCCCACUCUCUUUCUAGUUCAGCCGAUUUUAUUUAUUUGUAUUUUUUCCUGCAUUGAAUCCUGAUUGAUGAGCUUUAAGUUUCACGUGCGUUAAGACUUAAGGGUUGUCUUGUUUUAUAAUUUCUGGUGUGCAAGUAUAUUCUCGUUCCGUCUAAAAAGUGCUCAUCAUUUUCUCGCUGCUUGCGCUCGCUCCCGGCAGUUAGCCGUGCUUUUUACAUGUGACAAAGACUGUCGCUCGUGUAGCGUUUUCACAUUUGAUCUUUGGUCCGCUAAAUGUGUCGGGCUUUUUGUUUGUUUCUAACUGCCACCAGUCCAAACAUCCUACGGGGUAACCACGGAAACGAACCCACAGGACCAAAUUUUUUCAGCUGUUCUAACACACUUGCACACAUUCUUUGUCUUGUGAUGAGUUACCCUUAAACACACACAUUUCUACUGUAUUGACAAGUCUCCAGGCCUGCUUGUCAUGAGGCCUGUUUCCAAAUGUUUUUAAAUGGCUGUUCUUAUUAUUGCUAUUGUUGUAAUAUUGGUGAGAUGUUGUUGUAUUUUUUUUUUAUUAAAAGAAAGGGAGUUUAAGUCGUAUCUUUUUUUUUUUUUAAAUAGUACGUUUGUAUUUUUGUUGAUUCUUUUAUGGGCGUGCUUAUUAUUAAUAUUAUUAUUAUAAUUAUUAUUAUUAUUAUUAUUGGCAGUGUUUUCAGUCUUUGCGAAACUUGCAUUUUUUUUUCUUGGGUUUCCCCUACAAAAAUGUUAUAAGGAAUUAUUUUUAAAAAUAUAUGUAGGUUGUCAGAGAUAUGAGUUCUUGAGGGUUAUAGUCUGUAUAUUCUAUGGGUAUUAUGAAUAAAAUGAUUAACAAAAACGGAGUUAUAUACAUAUAAUAAAAAUUUCCUGAUACUGUG